AGGGAGAAUUGUAUUUUAAAGAUCUUUGUCUGUUUCAGUUCAAGCAGUUUAAUUUGGGGUCGUUAAAGUAGUAAGUCAGAACAAUAACUGGCCGAACUGACACAAAUGGAGCAAUUCAUAUCUCUUGUCUUUGUGAAAUGCUGUUCGCUGCCAAAUCUGUUUGAUUUACAUGCCUUUUCAUGCUGAUUGCUUUUUGUGUAAGUGAUUUUUUUUUGGAUGUAGUACGUGUUUGGUUUUCAUACUGGCAUGAAGAGUGAGACGAGGGGAAAUGUUCAAACGGAGCUGCCGAUACAAUGGAUGUUUAGGGUGUUUUAUGCAGUUUGCUCAGAGGAAGCACCGUAAGGGAGACAGAAUGCAGGAGCAGCUCUUCUACUCUCUAUUCACACCCUCUGACCCUCUUUCCAACUCACCAACUGACCAAACCUUUUAGACUCUUUCUCUUAUGGAGCUUAAUUGUAUGGAGACCUGACAUGAGUUUUCAGGAUGCUCUGCAAAUGUCAUGGCUGUUUUGAUGUCAGGAUUUUAAAGGGGAAAAUAAAAUCAGAAAUAUAUGCUUAUAAGGCUUUCGUGCCCUAUAGAAGACAUUUUUUGUUAUAUUGUAGGAGCUAGGAAUGUUAAAUUUUUUAAUAGUAAAUGCAUGAUGAACAUUUGUGUGCAGUUCAAAUUACUAACUUAAACAAGAGGCAUUAAAAUUAAUUUGUAUCCCAGAUAGACCAAACAUUAAUUCAGCAGAUAUUUUUAGUGAUGUAUGGGCUUUCCCUUUUCAAAUAAAGCUCUUAUACUGCAUCCCUGUUGUUGCCAGGACUGCCAUUUUUAUUUGAUACAGGGGAGGACACUAUUAGAAGCUUUUAAUUAAAACUUCCACUUAUCUGCCCCCUGCUUUGAUGCAAGUAAAAUGUCAGUACAUUAGAGUUUGGGAGGAAAGUUACCAAUGGGGUUAAUAAGUGACCAUUGCAACGUAUUUGACUAGGAUAAAUUUUUAACCUACGCGAUGCUUUCCAAGUCUUGGUGCCUAACAAAAGUGUGCGUGUGGGAGGUUGAGGGGGUUUUUAUUUCUUUGAGUACUUUAACUGUUUAUAGUGUAUGAGCUUUUCUUGUGCGUAUAGGAGCUGGGUAUAUGUGUCUUAAGUCCUUUGAGACAUCAUGUCACACUUGCACGUUGGUAAAACUGGGCAAGUACUCUCAAUGGAACCUGUAUCAUCUUGUAAUUAAAAGGACUUUUUUUAACCCCUUCCUUCCCCAGAAUGUAAGUAUUGCAUUGCCAUUGAAGGGCGUGCAAAACUUGCUUUUAAUGGGCUGCAGUGGACUUGUUCACACGUGCAAGUUGCAGGUCUGUAAUUGUGCUGUUAAAAAGAGCGCAGGAGGCAGAUUGGCUUCAUUGCUGGAAAAGAGAUUAGACUUUCACCCUUCAGAUGCUACGCUGAACCUAGCUGGAGGGAAGGGCAACCACCCCAAGGUUAUCCUGUGUCUGGCGUGGGAUGGGUUUCAGUUCUCCGGUCUGUUUCCAGUUUCCAGUACGGUAGCUGUUACCUACAGGAUUCACUGUAUAUGUGGAUGUGAAUUACUGUCUCGUUGGCAAGUCUUCACAGAGAGCAACAGUCAUAUUGACAUAAAGGCAGCAGCAUCUGUCCAAAGUCCUUAAUAUUCACUAGAUCUUGUACAGCAAGUGUAACGACCAGGCUAGUUGAGCAGAAUGUACACAAUGAAGCGGCUCAGGGAAUAAAUGGAAGCGUGCCAGUCAGACAGUCCCCACAUCCAGCUUCAAAUCCAAAGCCACAAGUGCCUCCAAAGCCAGCUCAUCUGCAGAAGCUGUCAGCUGUUACAUACCAAACCUCUAGGCAUAAAGCUUUAUCAAAUCAAAAACCAAGAAUGGAGGAAGAGACACCCACCCCUGUUCCUAGUGUCACAAAGGAGAAGUCCAGUAAAGUCUCGGAUCUCAUCAAUCGGUUUGAGGGAGGCAGCGAUUUGAAGAAAGAUUCCUCCGUUCUCCACAUUACUAAAUCUCAAGGAAGAUAUGGGUUAACACCAUCACCUCAGCCAAAAGUCCCCUCCCAGCACCCACUACAAAAACAGGGAAACAGUAAUACCGACAAAACUCAGGUUGCACAGCUGCACACAGCCAAUGGAGUAGUAGCACAAGACCAGACGGAAGAUGAGGACAGAUUACCUGAUCGCGGCUCCGCUGUCUCCACCCUGGUUCCAGAUCAUGCCAUUGACAGCAGCUUGAUAAAUGGGGAAAGAGAAAGUACCUCCAGAGAGUCACUGCAAAGUGUGACAGCUUGUGAAGGACAGAUGCUUAACAGCUGCUACAGGACUCCAAGCAGGGAUACACUGCUCCCAUCUGAAAAUGAAACUCUAACAAUUAAUACUAACGUGAAGGAAGAACCAAAUGAGGAAGUCAAUAAGCAAGAGCAACCUGUAGAAACAAAGGAGACAGAUGAACAGAAACGUCACAAAAUUGCCAGUGAACUUCUGCAAACAGAAAAAGCCUACGUUAGCCGACUUGACCUCCUCGAUGGGGUAUUCUAUUCCAGACUCCUUGAGGAAGCCAACAGAGGUUCAUUUCCAGCUGAAGUGAUUAACAAAAUCUUUUCUAACAUUUCAUCAAUAAAUGCUUUCCACAGUAAAUUCUUACUUCCAGAACUUGAGAAAAGAAUGCAAGAAUGGACUACCACCCCCAGAAUUGGAGAUAUUCUGCAAAAGUUGGCUCCUUUCCUCAAGAUGUAUGGAGAGUACGUGAAAAAUUUUGAUAAUGCAAUGGAAUUGGUGAAAACGUGGACUGAACGGUCACCUCAAUUCAAAUUCAUUAUUCAAGAUAUUCAGAAGGAAAAAGUGUGUGGAAAUUUGACAUUGCAACAUCACAUGCUAGAACCAGUACAACGCAUUCCACGCUAUGAGAUGCUUCUAAAGGACUACCUAAGGAAAUUGCCUCAGGAUUCCCUAGACCGGAAAGAUGCUGAAAAAUCCCUGGAAAUUAUAUCUACUGCAGCAAGUCACUCUAAUAGUGCGAUAAGAAAAAUGGAGAAUCUAAAGAAAUUGUUAGAGAUCUAUGAGAUGCUGGGAGAAGAGGAAGACAUCGUGAACCCUUCAAAUGAACUGAUAAAAGAAGGACAGAUCCUUAAACUUGCUGCCCGCAAUACAUCUGCUCAAGAACGGUAUCUUUUCCUAUUUAACAAUAUGUUGCUCUACUGCGUCCCCAAAUUCAGCCUGGUAGGAUCAAAGUUCUCAGUUCGAAACAGACUUGGCAUAGAUGGCAUGAAGAUUAUAGAAACUCAUAAUGAAGAAUAUCCACACACUUUUCAAGUGUCUGGAAAAGAGCGAACACUGGAGUUGCAGGCCAGUUCUGAACAAGAUAAGGAAGAAUGGAUAAAGGCGCUUCAGAAUACCAUAGAAGCUUUUCAGCAGAGGAAUGAAACUUUCAGAAACGCUAUUGCUAAAGAAUAUGAAGACAUGCCUGUUGAGGUUUCUAAUGCUGAGCUUGGGAAGAGAGCACCGAGGUGGAUACGAGACAACGAAGUAACCAUGUGCAUGAAAUGCAAGGAGCCCUUUAAUGCACUGACAAGGAGACGGCACCACUGCCGAGCGUGUGGACAUGUGGUUUGCUGGAAAUGUUCCGAUUAUAAGGCACAUCUCGAAUACGAUGGUAAUAAAUUGAACAAAGUCUGUAAGGACUGCUAUCAUGUUAUAAUCGGUUGUACAGACAGUGAAGAAAAGAAGAAGAAAGGCAUCUUGGAGAUUGAAUCUGCAGAAGUCUCUGGAAACAGUGUCAUAUGUAGCUUUCUUCAGUACAUGGAAAAAUCAAAGCCCUGGCAGAAAGCGUGGUGUGUUAUACCUAAACAAGAAGCUCUUGUGCUCUACAUGUAUGGUGCUCCACAGGAUGUUAAAGCUCUGGCUACAAUUCCACUUCUGGGCUACACAGUAGAUGACACUCCAAGAAGUGCUGACCUCCCGCACAGCUUCAAACUGACCCAGUCUAAGUCUGUGCACAGUUUUGCUGCGGACAAUGAGGAACUAAAACAGAAAUGGCUAAAAGUUAUCCAUUUAGCUGUCAAAGGUGAGACGCCAGAAUGUCAAAAUGAACUGCAAGUGAAUUUAGAAGAGCAACCUGAAUCUUCUAAAAUGUCUGAAUGCUGAAGCUCAAGAACACACAUGGUAUUUUUAAGAGAUUUCAGUUGAAUUUGUGGUUGACCUUUGUGUUAACCUUUCUUUGCUGAAUCAAGGAAGAAAAAAAAAAAAAAAGAAAAAGAAACUUCUUACUACCGUACACAUCUUAGCACUUUAUGUUUGGGAAAAAUUCUGGUCUUUUUAGGGAUCUUUUUCUUAUAUUUAUGUUCUGUCAAUAAGUGAUGUACAGGUCCAUUUCAGAGACUUUUUAAAAAAUGUGAAUGCUAUUAAAAUACGUACUAACUUUACUGUACUGUUUGUUUGUUGUGAUGCAAAUUUUUUCGAAAAUCCAGUUGCUCUUUGGUUAACAUUUGCUACUUUCAUUAAGAAUGCGAAUAUUGAAGCUUCCUACUUACAUGUUAGGACUUGCAACAGGAUGAAAGAUAUACCUCCACAUUGCCAAAAUAGAUCCGUAGUUAAAUAUCCAGGGACAGUUUGGUUUAAUGUAUGUAGUUUAUAGAUGGAAUUCCACAGAUCUGUACAUAUGUUGUAUUCACUUGUCUCUUUUUAAUUAAUGCAAAUUGCUUUCACAGGUAUAUUGGCUUUUAAAGUUUCAAUCUAUCAAGGAAACAAUCUAAUGAUUUUUCAAUCUAGAUGAAUACCUAAAAUAUGAGAAAACAAUAUAUAAUAUAUGUACAGUAUUAAAAAUGUACAAUACUUGAUUUUUGCUUUGAUUUCGUGAUACUGGGUUCCUAUUAGUGAAUAAUUUAUUUAAAAAGCAUGUUUUCUAUUUGAAAUUAAACACAGUCCUAAAUUAACAAAUACUGUUCAGUGAUUUGUUUUAAUAGCAGACAUUUAAUAAUCUUGAUAUUUUUAUGCAUUAAAAACAUAGCAGUAAUGUAAGUGGCAUGCGAUGGACAAAUAUGUUCCAGUUGUGCUUAAAAGACUAGUUGCCUUUCUUAGGUAUCCCAUCACCAUUCUCUUUAAAGAGUGCAGUAGUUCAUUAUUAAAAUGGAGUAUGUGGUCUGGAAAAGCAGCAGAUUCUAGUAACCUUUUGGGAACCUGUAUUUUUGCUAUUAUGGUUAUUGGAACAAAACAACAUUUGGAACUUAAAACUUUUAAUUUUUGUGGAAGAUUAGAUACUGUAAUACUUAUUUAUUACAACAGUCUUCAAGGAUUAUUGUUGUAAAGUGGAGCCUGCUUUAUACGAAUCUAGUGUGAGGUCUGAGCCUGCAAAUCUCAAGUUGCAUUAACUGACAUUAUUUACAUUCUGCUGUGGGAGUGAAGACUUGUUAGCUUUACAGUAUUAAGUCCAUUAUAAACUUCCAUUGCUAUUAGGCUUUUUAUAAAAAAUGGCAAAUGACCUUCCUAAAUUUUUUACUGUAACAUCCUUGGAUGAAAUAUGAUAAAUUCAGAGGUAGCGAUCGACUAUCAAGUAGACAAUUAAAAUCACUGCCAUCUUUCCUUUCCUGACCCCUCAAAGGAAGGAAAAUAUGUAGCUUGUGCAAUCAACUUGUUGUAAGAACAUUCAGGAGUCUUACUUCUCAAUAUAACUGCAAUCUGUAUUUUAGAUCACGUCAAGCUGAAGAGCUCAGGUUCAAGUCAGGUUUAUUAGUAACAUGGGCGCAGAUUUAAAUUGUCGCUUUUUUAUAAUGAGAUUUCCAGACAAAGUAUUAAUCAAACUCCCACUUUACUCUUUUUGUGACAUAAUAGGGGAAAAAAAAAAAAACUUUAGCAUUUAACAAAGGAUUGUUAAAGGAACCUCUGUUUUUAGUGUAUCAUUCUUCGGUAAAAAUAAUGUCACGCAACUUCAUGUUAAUGGGCUGGACUUUGCUCUCAUCUGCACAAAUCCAAAAUCUACCAUGGCCUUUAGGCUUCAAAGCUUUAAACUAGCAAUUAUUAGGACAUGGUAUUGUAGAGUACUAACUCUACAGUUGACUUUGAGUGUCUGUUCUGAAUUAUUCCUCGGGUGCUCCACAUGUCCAGGUCAUUCUGCAUGUAACCCUAGUAUUACUUUUAUCUGAUAUGUAAGCUCUUCUGUAAUUCUCGAAGAGAUUUCAAGUUAUUUCUACUGUCAGCUGUAUUUAUUUAUGGGCAGCUCAAGUCCAUAUGGAUUCACGUUGGUGAGUACCAUCAAAUUGUUGCCUGGGUCUCCCUAGCUAGUAUGUGUUGUCUUGUGUAUACCUUGGUGAGGGAUGGGGAAACAUUCAGGUAAGCAAGAAGAACUCUCUGUGGCUAACUUUCUGACAUGAUCAUGUCCUGAAAGUGGGUAUCUUCUAAAAGAGUCUCAAGUGCAAUCGUGGGAUCUGGAGGGGGUCAUUUUACAACAUCCUAAUGUAUAGAAACAUUGUCACCCAUGGUCAAGUGGUUGAGUGUAAGGGGAGAAGUUGCCUUAAAGGAGUCUCCAGAUAAGACUGACUGAGCUACUCUGAAAAUAAUACAAUGGUAUGACUGCAGUCAUGUAGUACACUCUGUUUUCUAUGCUCCUGCAAACUUAAUUCUGAGCCAAGUAGGAAGACCUAUUCCAGCUAAAUUAUUAGGGAAAUGGUUAGAAGCAGCAAUUUCUCAGCUGCUUUAUUGUUUAUAGUGGUAUUGAGUAUCUGAAGCAGCUUGAGUAAUUUCAGCAUCUCCCAGACGAAGCCCUACAUUUGGGCAUAAAAGCUUUGAGAUGGAGUUAGCAUUGGGAGUCGUUUAUUUGGAUGUUAGCCUCAUGUUUGUUCUCAGCCAUUAAAGUUUAUAUAGUGGGGGAUAUUUUAUUUACCCUAGUACAACCUAUUUCAUGUUCCCGUAAUCAUUUGUUUGGUUAGAAUCGUUCUCUUCUGGGUCAGAAUGUCUUGGAACUGAAAUGUAUGGUUCUUGUGUGUAUAUUGUAGGAAAAGUACAUACCAUCAACAUUAAAGGAGAUCAGAAGAUGGAGAAGUUGCUUCUAGAUUUAACCACCCUGUUUUACUCCACUCUCCACAGACAAGCCCCCCUUACGGCAUCUAAAACUUUAGAUUGUAAAUUAUGGCCACAGAGGAACAAAUUCAAAGUAGUAGCUGCUGUGGCUCAAGUAUCAUGACCAAAGCAGUCAAAUUAAAACCAUAAUUAUAAUAAGGGAUAGGCUGUUCCCAUUUCAGCUGUUAAAUUAUUUUUUGAAAUGGCAUUAAACAUAUAUUAGCAUAAAACAGUGUGUGUAAGGUAUAAACUAUAACUGAGCAUUCAUUCAUAAUGCAUGAAUGUACGUGAAUGGCUCUGCUGAAUUAUUUAAGGUUUGCAAUUCUUGUGCCCAAGAAAUGCUUGUUUCUCACUUUAAAAAUGACCAGUCUUCUGUGCAAUUUAAAUCAAAUCAAAUGUUUUGUGCAUUUUUAUCUGUGUUCAACCAGACCAAUGGUUUAAUUUUAUCAUGAAUAUGUAUUUUUAAAAUUACUUAUUAUGUUUCCCCUAUCAUGGAAAAAUAGCGUAUUGUGACAUCUGCAUGUUUGCACCAUUCUUCCAGAUCCUCUAAAAAUGGUUUUCUGCUGUUGGGUAUUCCUGCUUGGUUGAAGAGCUGCUGUAAAAUCCAAAGCAUCUAGUACUCUUUACACUGAGUAGUUUGGUUUAUUCCAAAAUGUAUUUCAUUUUUAUGUGCAAAAUAGAUAUUGAGAAUACAAAACAUUCUCCUCUAUUGGGAGUAGAAUAUUGAACCACUUUAAAUGUAUGUAAUAAAUAGUGGCACCUUUUUAUGCAAAACCAUCUCAAAGUGCUUUAUAAAUCACCUCAAAGAUUCUAAAUCCCUCUGAUAGAAAAGAGGGGUUUUAUUCUUCAUAUUGUUAAAUUACGGAUGAAGCCAAGGCACUGAUUAAAUGUAGAAUAAAUACACUACCAUCUGCAUAGAUUUUAGAUGAGGUUAUAGAAGUAUGCUCUAAGGAGUUCUGAGUGGAGUCAGGAAAAACAAACAAAACAUAUAUAUAUAUAUAUAUAUAUAUAUAUAUAUGUUAUAUGUAAAUUUGUGGGAAAGAUUUAGAAACACUUGACAGGUUCUUUGGGUUUUGUUGUUUUCUUGUUUGUGUUUUGUUUGUUUGUGUUUUGUGUUUAUUUUUGUUUUGCUUUUUUAACCUACAUAACCACUUGGCUAAGUAUAAAAGCUGGUCAGCUUUUUAUUUCAAGACAAGAAUAAAUAAAAUGAACACAGGGCAGUUGUUAUUAAUACUGAAGGGGAGGCUUUCAGGAAAGAAAUAAACAUUCCAUGUAGAAAUAAUUCUAAGCAAUAAAAAAGGAGUUUUCUCCAUAAAUCUAUUUACAGAUCUUUAGCUGGUAUAAACUAGCAGAGACCUGCUGGAGCUAUUAUACCCUCAGUGAUUGAAAUUAAUGUACAGUCUGCCUUACAUGAUAUAAAGUAAAGACACUUGCAGAAAAUCGAGAUUCCACUAGUUUGAGAGCUGCUUACUUACUAUGUCUCAUCUGGAACCAUAGCGCUCAUUGAAUUUCAGAUGGGUUUAAGUUGGAGAUAAUUGAUACAGAGGAGAAUGUAAACAGCUUGAAAUACAUAUCCCAGAAUAAAUUACUAGAGAAAUAAUUUUAUGACAGAACUGACUAUCCUGAAGAUAAAUCCAUUGGUGAAAUAGGCAUCAUCUUAGUCUGUGGUGUACUGUUAUUUGAAAUCUGAAAUGAAAUGUGUGGAGUUUUUUGUCUCCAGUCUCUUGCCCUGUUGGUAUGAGAAAUUUACCUGCCUGAUUCUGGUCCCUGGGACUAUAGUGAUGUUCCUUGGAUAGGAGUUUUAAUCUGCUAGUCAGAUUGUUUUCUAAAUUCUUUUCCUUUAACAAAACGAAAAAUUAAUUUAAUGGUUGUAUAUGUGUGUAAAUAUACACAUAUGCAUAUGCAUGUGUGUGUAUAUGUAUAUAUGUGUAUUUAUGUAUCUGAGACUAUUAUUCAGGUGACCUGUUUUCAAGCAGUAUUUUACAAUCAAUAAAUGCACUGUGCUGCAUUCAAGAUAUAUAAUGUAUAUUUACUGUGUUGAGUAUGCUUUUCAGAGGAAAAAAAAUGAGAGAAGCAUGUUUACUAUUUCAGCCUAAUUACACACACAAAAAAAGACCCAACAUGCUAAAUUCAGUAAGGCAUUCAAUCUGCUUUCUUUAAAACCUUGGGAUUAAAUUUCUUCACAGACUUCAACUAUGGCAUUUUGCUUUCACCCCUUCCUCUUCCUAGCACAAGUGAAGGUUGACCGUGGUUUUUCUCUACUAAAAUCUUCAAGCAAAUUUCUUUGAAUAAAAGAUGUUUUCACUGUAUAACACCAACCUACUUCAGUUUAUAGUUCAUCCUUGUAGAUUCAUUAACUAUUUAUGAUGAAAACAUUCAGAAAAGGGGGAACUGUGUCAAAGCAUUUUCAGAUGUAUGUGCCCUAGGAUUUUUAAGAAAGAUGUUAAUUUUGUUGCCUAUAGGGAACAGUUUGCAAUGGAAGUAUUGGGUUUUUUCUAUUAGCAUGUUUUGUAUUCUGAAGCCCUCAAGGUUGGUUAAUACACUUAAUUUUAGUGGGAACUGGAUCAGCUGUAAUGUUUGACAUCAGAAUUAUAGGCUAUACUUGUUAAUUUUCCUUCAUUAUGGAAACAAUUUUAAUUGCGAAAAUACUUUUUUAAAAAAUAUCAAUAUUUGGAAGAGGUGUAAAUUUGUUCUGGUUUUGCAAUAACGUGAAGAAUACUUAAAAGGUGAAAUAUAAAUGCCGUUGUAAGUUGUGCAAAUGUAAGUGGUCAUUUUUAUGGUCAAGAAAUACAUGAAUGUAAAAAAAUUUGAAGAUAUUGUAUAUAUUUUCUGUAAUAUAUGUAUAUUGGGUCAUAAGGUGGGUGGAGAAUUGUACAAAUUAAGCACUUUAAUUCCUGUUGAGUACUGAAAAGAAAUUUGUAUCCUGUAAAAUAAAAGCAUCAUUAAAUAAG